GUUUUAUUUCUAAAAUUCAUUUUUUUGACGAUCCGCUUUUUGACAUAAACAAACAACGUCAAUAUGGGUAACGUAAGUACACUGUAGUCAUCUUCCUACACCUGUCGGAAAUAAUCAUGAUCAAUCAUGAUCGGACAUGAUCAAACUGACUGUUUCCAGGGAGCCAAAGCCGCGUCCAAGCGUGACAGAAACGCCAAAGACACCAAAACCGCAAAGUCGCAGUUGAAAGUCAACGAGUCUGCCAAAGAUGUCCAGUGUGUGACAUGCAAGGCGACCUUCCUCAAGACUGUCCGCAGCGCUGCGCUCACUGAGCACGCCAGCAACAAGCACAGCAAGACGCUGCAGGACUGUUUCCCCAACUUCGUCGAGGUUCCCAAGAAAUAA